GUCUCUGCUUGUGCACAUUUGUUAGCGUUGUCAGAGGAUUCUAUGAAGGCAAACUGAAUAUAGUUUUAAACUCGUUUGGAAAUGUUUUACAUGAAGAAGCUGGCGUGUUUAGCUAGCUACAGACUGUAAUCUGGAGAAAAACAUGGCAGUCACUGGGCUGGUGACCAUUAGUUUUUACAUGAAUGUGUUAAUGAGAAAUGUCCUGUGAAAUAUUCUACAUCAGAUUCUGCAGGAUUGUUAGCAUCUUUGUGCUCUUGGGUGUGAGUAGAAUCUGUUCUUACAUCAGAACAAAUUCCAAAUAAGAAGAUUCUAGUAAACCUCAGAAUCUUUGUGAAAACUGCAUAAGUGGGAUUUAAGAAGAAAUUUCCUCUUAAGAACGGUUGGUGAAUGAGGCCCUUUGGCAACAUGUUUGUUUUCAGGUGAGCCAGUGUGUGGAGCUCUAGGCCUGACCAGUCUGGAGCUGCUGAACUACAUGGACCCCAUGCUCUCUCCAGUAGCCCUGCAAGGCCUACCCUCCCUCAAAAGUUUGACUCAGUAUAGAGGCUGGACUCUAGAUUCAAGCCUGUGUCACCUCAAAACAUGGCUGUCAAUGCUGCCACUCCUCUCAGAGCUCAGCAUUUCUUUGGGGUAUCAACUUGGUGCCAAUGCUAACUCGGUGCCUGGAACAGUGCAGAGCUUGUCGCUUAAAGGAAUGGUGGGGGAGCUGAAGGCCUUGAGGGAAAUGGCACAACAGGUGCCUGAUCUCUUUUACCUUCACUUGGACCUGUGUGGCCAUGAAAGGCACAGCUUUAUUGCUGAGGUUCCUCAGCUUUUCCCUAAGCUUCAGAGCCUGAAAAUGAGACACCACAGUGUUCCUGAAACAGAGUUUCUUCAGCUUGCACAGAUGUCCUAUCUUAAGCACAUAAUGGUUUUAGAUGCUCACAAUUUGAGCCCCAAUUCAGCUCUAAUGGAUCUGGCUCACAAACUGCACAUCCAGACCAACAACAGAGACCAUGUGAUUCAUUCCUCAGAAGCAAAGGAUCGAAAUGUUUGCUUUUGUGCUUAUGAAAUUGGGCCUGUACUGCCCUGUAACUUGGACAAUGAAUUCUUAAUUAUUCACUGACCAAAUGUCUGGUUUGUAGUAUUUUACUGUGGUUGCAGAUAGGGGUGGGAAUCUCUAAGCACCUCACAUUUCGAUUGAUUGAGGGCUGCAAUGCGAUUAUAAUACAAUUACUGAUGCAUCUUUUUUUACAUACAGGAUUUCUUUUUUUUCUCACUGUGUGACAACUUGGAACUUUUGAAGCACAGUGUUUGUAUUGAUCCACAAUGAAUUUACCUUUUUUUUAACAUCUUUUAUUAAUAAUUUAAACAGAAGUCAUGUGGCAAGUCAACUGAAAGGCUCUCAUUCACUGCUCUUGCUUGGACCACAUGAGACGCAGGCUGCCACUCAUCUGCGAUUAAAUGCCCAGUUACGAUGAAAUAAGAUCUUGUGGCAAUGGGUAUCCAUGCAGCACAUUACAGCUAUCCUACUUA